UAGAAACAUACACUAUGUUGGUCUAAGUCUGGUUACUGUAGUUUGGAUAUACUGAAUAUGAAGAGAGUGUGAUAUUUUUGUUCAAUAUUCAAAAUGUAUGGAUUUAAGUGUGGGCAUAUUGUUUCUAGGAUACUAAAUUAUAACAUUAAAAAAGCCAAUGACAUGUCUGCGUCGGAUGUUCGUCGUGGCCAGACGGAAGCAGAAAAGAAUGUGAACCGAUUACGUAACUGUAUGCCAGAAAAGUUGAUGACAUUCUGUAAGAUGCAUCUCUCGUUCCUUCUAGAACUAGACGGUAGUAAGUUGGAGGACAUGUUCAUGGACUCAACAGCCGUUGAUUGUAACGCCAACAAAAAGAAAGCCACUACACCAUUCUCUACGAAGAAAAAAGGUAAAAAUAAUAUACGAUUCAUAUGUUUUCUAUGUUUCUAUGAUGGCAAUGUGUCAACUGAAAUAUACUAUUUGAAGACUGAGGGUUUGUUCCGUAAGACCGGUAAUGUUACACGACAACGUCUUCUGAAAGAGUGGAUUUACCAAGGUGCCGAGUUGAACCUGAACGAUGGUACGUUCUCACCACACGACGUAGCCACAGUACUAAAACAACUUCUUGCUGAACUUCCAGAACCACUUCUUACACAGAAACACUACGAGGCUCAUCAACAGAUAGUUGACAUGUGUAGUCACUGUCAGCUAGAGAAGGAGAAGAUUCGAGCCAGUGAGAAGCAGAUGAAAGCCUUACAGUUGUUGAUGUUGUUAUUACCACGAGAAAAUGCCAUCCUUCUAGAAUGUUUACUUGACUUACUCCACAAGGCAGCCAACGUCCCAGAUAACAAGAUGUCCGCCGGUUCCCUCGGUGUUGUCUUUGCUCCUAGUCUACUAUGUCCUAGAAAGCUUACACCAGAAGAGAUGCACUCGGUAUCCCCAGUGUUAGGCAAGGCUAUAGCUGGUAUGAUCGAGAAAGCCCCGACCUUGUUUGCCGUCCCGAAAGAACUUGGUGAAGAUGUAGCGAACUUUUGGCGUGAGAUGGAAGACCCUAAUGUUGAUGUUUUCACAUGUGAUAAAGAAGCUGUUGAUGACCGUGCCAACAUUCAGAAAGCUAAGUAUGGUAGCUCUAGUGCUGUGAAUACUGUCCUUACGUUUGCCGAGAGAAAAUCCCCAGAAGAAUUUGACUCCGCCCAAGAUACCCAGGUUGCCCUCGCCCAACUUUAUGCCCACGUCCAAGCCAUGCCCGAGUCAGCUAAGAAGAAGAAACUCUUGAAACAGUUCAACCGAGCCGGUAAUGUUCAAACUACUAGUACGAAGAAGGGAAAACACUCCAGAAGCCGAACUUUCGGGGAAUCUCUUAAGAAACACUUUCCAAUCCUGUCAAGAACUAAGUCACGAGAUUUGUGCGAAUCUGAAGAUGCUGAUCUGACUUGGGGUGUUACAAAACCAAUUAUGAUAGACGAUAGUGUGGCCAACAUUACCUACAUGAAGACCCCAGAUAACAGAUAUACUCCCACUCUGGUAAGCAUCUCUAAAUUAUCUUAUUACUGA